GCCGAGCUGCAGAAGUGUGUGUUUGCAGACUCGCUGGUGACUGUAUCAGAGGGGGGGAGAGAGCUGGGGGAGUUCAGUGUGACGGUGGAGUUUGCCCAGAGAGAGCAGCCAUGCAUGAUGCUUCAUGCUCAGAGCCACGGAGCCAUUGACGACUGCCCCUGUGGGACAGCAGUGACAGCCUACCUAACAACUGACCUGGAGGUGCUGGAGGAAGAUCACCAUGAAUAUGUCAAGCUCGAGGGCCAUAGUGUGGACAAGAGGUGUCACAUGGUGCAGCGUGAUGGGCUGAUGGUGAUCCAUAAGGUUACGACUGUGGGAGAGGAGGUGACAGAAGAGAGCAUGUCCUACCCCAUGUCUGUCCUGAGAGGGCUGGUAACUGAGGGCUCCAGCUUGCUGCUGAUGCGCCUGAUCGCUCUGAGGAGGAAGAUGCCAGAAAACAUGACGUUUGUUUCCUUAGACCCAGGAUUACACAUAAUUAACACCUCUUUUAGAGAGCUGAGUCAAAGGCAGCUAGAGGUCGGGGCUGAGCUCCUGGAUGUAUUUGGGGUAGAGAGGAUUAUUCAGUCCACGGAGGGCAACUCCAGUACCUGGCAAUGCUACUUCCUGGAUGAUGGGCAUCUGGUGACCAGAGUUCAGGUGGGGUCACCAGUCACCAUGAGACUUCUAGAGUUGCCAUCAAAGGCAGAAAAAGUAGAUUUCAAGAAGAUCCCCCUUGUGUGGGAGGAAGACAUGCAGAUGCGUUCUAAGUUCCUGGACAGAAAGGAAGAGCUAAAGGCCGACCACUCCUCAUACUUGAGACAGCAUCCAGAGAUUCGAGCACUAAUAUCUGACUUCCUGCAGUUGCUGUUAUUGAGGAAACCAGACGACGUCUUUCUGUUUGCCAGAGAGUACUUCACCCCUUUUGCCUCCAAUCAUCCUGCAGACGCAGACCAGGAAGCCCAGUCCCUCUAGUCACAUUAUCACAUGCUCACAAACUGUCUCUUUAUAAGCUUCAUAUAUGUUUGUUCAUGAGAAUAAUCUUCACUGACAUUUAGAAAGUUAUUUUGUUUUUUAUUCCGAGUGACUGACUAUUAGUUGUAUCUGUGGACAUUUGGUGGAGAGGAACACAAACGAUCAAAACUCAAACUUUGUGAUCUUUCCAGUAAGAGAGAUAAAUAAAGUUUGGGUGGUUUUCAGUUUCA